UCGCAGGUGUGCCUCCUCCCUCUCAGUGGAGAGUUCAGGAAUUGUACGGAUUUUGGUUGCGCGAUCUUUGAGAUGGUAACUGCAUCUGCGUGCGUGUCAAACAUGCAACGAAUCACAUCCUCGAAGUUAACUACCGACGCUGGAGGACCCGCUGACGUAGAACGACCUCUUUCAUAACGGUUGACGAUGCACGACGGUGCAGAAGGGUGCCAACUUUCCCCGUGGUCGAGAUGUUCGUAGCGGGUUCAAAGACUUUGCAAGCUUUGAUUUUCUGCCGGGUGUUGAUUUCGGCUACAUCUGCUUAGUUAUCACAGCAGCUUUAGGCGCGUCAUGCCGAUCACGGCGAUAUUGCAUCACCAGCAUCGAAUUUUCAUCAGAUUCCAUCUGGACCAGCCUGUGGAGCGUCGCGGGGGGCUCGGUACGGCAUGUGAUUGACAGCCCGGCUGCCAGCCGGCGGGACGGAACGUGGCAUAUCGUUGGCUUCCUGUAAUGUCAGGCACAUUGUUCUUUGUGCGAUGACGCAGGUACAGCGCACAGCUGCAAACCCUAUUCCACACUCAACGGAACGUGUAACGAUGACAUUGGAUGUGCUAUCGUGUCCUGUAUGAACUUGCGAUGAAUCAACCACGAGUAUGAAGUCUUUAAUGGCCCAUUUGGAGCAAGUGCACAGGAGCAAGCCGAACCCGCAAAUAUCUUCCACUCCCAGGUGGAUGUGGCCGAGCCAAUCGCGAUCACUAUGGAGACAGAUUCCUAUACGAGUAAUGGGGCGACAGUUGGGUCGAAAUUUCCCCAGCAAUUGUUGGGACGAUAUGUGGAGCUUGGUGAGUGGUAUUUGAGCUUCUCGGGUUACUUUCUUCAAUCAUCCCCGCAAUUUCUGUUCUAGUUGUUGUAAUGUGCAGGCGCCCUCAUGCUAUGGCAUGCAUGAAUGUACUGUGACACUGGCAAGUAUUGCGGCCACACGACGUGACCUUACAGUUUCGGCAGACAACGGCACUUUACAAAUGCCGAUUAUCCGCGGGACGGAUGUGUGAUGAUCUAUGGCAUCAUGAUAAGAUGAUGGUUGAUGCUGACCGCUGAGCCUUUCACUGCUGUUUGUAAUCCCGCAAGAUCAAUCGCAGUUUGAACGACCAAGCUAUCUAUUGGUAGCAUAUGCUGGCAAGCAUCUUGUCGCUCAAAGCCAUACGCCGUAAAAAGCGGGUGGGAUAGUUUUCGCGGGUAGAUUUCUGAUGCAUUAGUAGGCAUCCAUGGGAAACCGAUCAUACAAAUUACACCGCUUGCGCAAAGAGAAACCUGCAAGCACCACACGACAGGCAGUAGUACAAAGGUCUCCACGUAGAUAAAGUGCUUCCUUGUCUACCAGUAUGCACCCUGCAAGCUCAACACGGGCCGUAGCUGCCAUAGUGACUCCAUCUCCAUUCUCCACAGGCUCCAUCAGUCAAAACCAUAUCGUAGCGUCAGUAGCACAGACGUCCUCGGACAAGGUCCUAAGUUUUACCAACACCCAAUAGCUAUCGGAACUACGAUCGCAUCGAAAGAUAAAUACGGAGAUGUAGACUAUAAUACCUUACACUUCUCUUCA